CGCCUCGCUCGUCCUGGUCGUGACGACCCCAUGCGGGCCGCCGCUGCACUUCCCGCCCGAGCAGAUCUACUCGGAGAAGGUCACUGCGAAGAUGACGAACAUGAGCGAGGACAACGUGUGCGGGAAUAUGGGGCGUCGGUAUGGGACACGCUGCUGUUCUCGUACACGACCAAGGUCGUGAUGCUCGGGAACACGGCGGAGAGCCUGGAGACGGGCGACCUGCCGAUCGUGCCUGCGGACAUGCGCGCGACGACGAUCUUCCGGAACAUGCGCGGCGCGAUAAAACAAUACCACCUGCGUGUGCGCUCGUGGCGCCCUCGCCCGGGCACAGGCUGGGAGCUUGGAUAUCGUCUGCUGCGGGUCAACCUUUGGAGUGUCACGACGGUCGUUAUUGUCGCGAUGUUGGUCGCCGGUCUGUUCUACACGCCGCACUACUUCCUGCAGCGCGUCGUGCGCUAUCUCGAGAUGGAUCCCGAGAGGAAAGACCGCAGUUGGGAUGGGCAUACUGCUGCGGGUUGUUCUUCGCGAACGCUCUCACUCAGCUUAUUAUGGGUCAACUGUUGUCUUUGACUAUGAUGACAUUGCAGGUCAGGUUCAAAAUUCAGCUGAACUCGAUCCUCUACGCAAAACGCUUGUGCGGAAGGACAUCGCCUCAUCUGCUGGCCCCGCUCUCGCGGAGAACGGUGCCGCCGCCAGUGCAAAUACCGAAAACGGGGAGUCGAAGAGCGACGAAGACGACUUCUCAAGCAAGGCACAGAUCAUGACCCUGAUGACGACGGAUGUGGACCGCGUCAGCGAGUUCGCACGGCAGUUGUUCACGCUGUUUGGUAUGUAGUUUGCCUCAUGAUAUGGACGGGACAUGACCGUGUGUGC